GUCGCCCAUAAUGAGAGACUGAAGGGAGGAGGGACCACCACCUCAAACCCGACCUCUACCUCCACCCACCUCGAUACCACCCAGUCCACCUCAAACCCGAUCACGACCUCAACCACAUCACAGGCUAAAACAAGAAGGAUCGCAAGGAAAACCACCAGCCUUCCAGCAUUCUCCCCACAGCGUGUCAACAACCCUCCUAGUCUCCAUGCCAGUCUCCAUGCCAGUGGGUCGGAGGGUAAAGGUAAAACCAAGCUUAUCAAGUCUUUAGAAGAGUUAACACCACCAAGCUUAUCAAGUGUUUAGAAGAGUCAAGUCUCUUAUGUCCUUUUUGAUGAUUGAAGUUACUGCCCCAAAAAUCUACACUGUAAAAAAAUAUAAACUCCUGCACCCACCAUUUUCUAUUUAUUCGUAAUUUAUUUGUAUUUUAUUUUCUAAAGGUCAACCAAAGCCGUCCAUCCAGAUGUACGUGCAGGAUGGGGCCCAGAUCCCCUUUAUCACCCAGGAUAUCCAGGAGAAGCUGGAGUCCCACGUCCGCCGCAAGCAGAGCCAGCGCCUCUGGGGAUUCCCCAAGCUGGUCACCAGGAACGUGGGAGAUCACCUUGCCAACCUGGCUGCCCAGGUACCCCCCGCUUCCGGAGACGGCAAGAUGGGUAAGAUCCCUGGCAAGAUCAUGGGCAACGUGAGCGACCAUGUUGGCCAAGGGCAGCGAAACACAGAGUUGUGUUUCAGGCUGAGUGACAGGACAAGGCCAGGGGAGGAGAGAGAGGAGACCCAGGCUACAAGUCUUGCAGCUACAGCCAAACUCAAGGACAGCUCACCUGCAAACAGCAGGCCUCCCUUCACCACCGCCAGCAGCACCACUACUCCCCAGCCAGGCGAGACCCACGCUACCAGACCCAGCCAAUCUCUGGACCAGUCCUCCCUCCAGAUGCCCCCGACCCCAGUGACCCCGACCCAGGAGAGACGCCAGCUGGAGAUGCAUGUGAGGAGGACGUGUCUGGAGGCAAAGCUCAAACCCCUCCCUGGCAUGGUGGCAACCAGCCAGACAACCCUUGCCUCGGCAACUAGCCAGCCAACCAGCCAGCCAACCAGCCAGCCAACCAGCCAGCCAACCAGCCAGACAACCCUUGCCUCGGCAACUAGCCAGCCAACCAGCCAGCCAACCAGCCAGCCAACCAGCCAGCCAACCAGCCAGACAACCCUUGCCUCGGCAACUAGCCAGCCAACCAGCCAGCCAACCAGCCAGCCAACCAGCCAGCCAACCAGCCAGCCAACCAGCCAGCCAGUUCUGGAGACCUCGACCGGCACCGACGCUGUCUCAGGACCCCACUCUGCCCCAAUACGGCUGUUGUGUUAUGACACUGACACUGACAGGCUUUUUGUGUUUACAUCAUAG